AUGGCUGGAAUUGUAGUGGUUUUUGACUUUGACAAGACGAUCAUUGAUGUUGAUAGUGAUAAUUGGGUGGUGGAUGAGUUAGGCGCUACUGAUUUGUUCAAUCAACUUCUCCCAACUAUGCCUUGGAACUCUCUCAUGGAUAGAAUGAUGGAGGAGCUUCAUGUACAAGGCAAAACUAUUGCAGAUAUUGAAGAGGUAUUGAAACGGGUUCCCAUACACCCCAGGAUUGUCCCAGCAAUUAAAUCAGCUUAUGCAUUAGGGUGUGAUUUGAGAGUAAUAAGCGAUGCAAAUGUAUUCUUCAUUGAAACUAUCUUGAAACAUGUCGGAAUUAGGGAUUGUUUCUCUGAGAUUAACACGAAUCCAGGCUACGUCGAUGAAGAAGGCAGGCUUCGAAUCCUCCCUUAUGUUGAUUUUAUAACAUCCCCUCAUGGCUGCAAUCUCUGCCCUCCCAACAUGUGCAAGGGUACGAUAGUAGAAAGAAUUCAAGCCAGCAUCCCUAAAGAAGGGAAGAAAAGAAUGAUCUAUCUAGGCGAUGGAAUCGGCGAUUUCUGUCCCAGUUUGAAGCUCAUGGAAACAGAUUUUGUGAUGCCAAGAAAAGAUUUCCCAGCCUGGAAUUUGAUAAAUAAAAACAGGACACUAGUAAAAGCAACUGUCCACGAGUGGACUAAUGGGGAAGAGUUCGAGCACAUUCUACUACAACUAAUUAACACAAUCACUGUUGAAGAAAGCCAAUUGUUAUCAGUUGAGUACUGCAAAUUCCAGACAAUGUCCAAAGCAGCCUUACCACGGGCUCUUCCAGUGCCUUACUAAAUACUAAUGUCAAGUUUGCUUAAGUCAUUACCAUGAAGCUUGUGACUAGCAAUUGGUUUUGAUUUUAGGUAGUUAAAUAUAGUUUCUUUGUUAAGUGGGCUACAACAUUGUUGUAAUUAGUUGUUGUUUUUAUUUUUAUGUAUGGCAUUUUUUCUAUCAAAA